GAGAGAGAGAGAGAGAGAGAGAGAGAGAGAGAGAGAGAGAGAGGAGAGAGAGGAGAGGGAGAGAGAAGGGGAGAGAGAAAGGGAGGGAAGGAGAGGGCCGAGUGUAGGGGGCUGAGCCACAGAGAGGCGAGACGCGCACGGGAAGAGCCUUGCGGAGGAAGGAAUAACGCUUUCCGGAGUCAGCUGCGGUGAAUCGGCUUCUAUUUUCUUUUCCUUUUGAUUUUUUUUUUUUAAAUUCCUAAAGAGAAGCAAGGGACAGAAGAGCCAUGGCCGAGAGAGAAGACAAGCUGAGAUACUGGUGACCGUGGGUCCAAGUGGAUUAUCUGAGCUGUCUCCAAGAGGCCUGCCCUCCCAGCGUGCCAGUUGUACAUAAUUCCUCAUCCCAGCCAAUGAAGAGGAGAGGCAGCGUGAACAGAGUCAUUUAGAAAGCCCCCGAGGAAGUGUAAACAAAAGGGAAAGCAUGAAUGGAGCGCUCCAGAGACAAGUGUGUCCUGCACUGCCCUCACCUUUAGCUAGGCCUGCCGCUGCCCAGCCUUGCCUCUCCCCACAUACCCACUGGUGAUUUUUUUUAAAACAUUUUUUUUUCCUUCUCUUUUCCAUUUCGCCUUUCUUAUUCUUCCCUUCAGGGCAAGGCAAAGAGCUUGAUUUUUGGGACCCAGCCAUGGCUCUUCUGCACUUUCUUUAAAAUACUCACUUUCUCCUCGCCAAGCAGCGUUUGGCCAUAUCAGAUAUCCGCUCUAUUUAUUUUUACCUAAGGAAAAACUCCAGCUCUCUUCCCACUCCCAGCUGCCUUGCCACCCCUCCCAACCCUCGGCUUGCCCUCCACCUGGCCUGCUGGGAGUCAGAGCCCGGCAGAACCUGUUUAGACAUAUGGACAAGAAUCCCAGCGCUACACCACGGCACACAGUCCGCUACUUCGGCCCAGGGUUGCCAGCGCUUCCUGGGAGUCCUGAAGCUCACACAGCGCAGUGAGUUCAUGCACCCUCUUGCCAAGCCUCAGUCUUUGGGAUCUGGGGAGGACGCCUGGUUUUCCUCCCCCUUUCUACUGGGGUCUCCUCCUUGCCAGGCCUCCCCAGUCCCCUGGCCUCGUUCCUGGGCUCACACAUGAAGAUGCACUUGCAAAGGGCUCUGGUGGUCCUGGCCCUGCUGAACUUGGCCACAGUCAGCCUCUCUCUGUCCACUUGCACCACCUUGGACUUCAGCCACAUCAAGAAGAAGAGGGUGGAAGCCAUUAGGGGACAGAUCUUGAGCAAGCUCAGGCUCACCAGCCCCCCUGAACCAUCGGUGAUGACCCACGUCCCCUAUCAGGUCCUGGCACUUUACAACAGCACCCGGGAGUUGCUGGAAGAGAUGCAUGGGGAGAGGGAGGAAGGCUGCACUCAGGAAACCUCAGAGUCGGAGUACUAUGCCAAAGAGAUCCAUAAAUUCGACAUGAUCCAGGGGCUGGCGGAGCACAAUGAACUGGCCGUCUGCCCCAAAGGAAUUACCUCUAAGGUUUUUCGUUUCAAUGUGUCCUCAGUGGAGAAAAAUGGAACCAAUCUGUUCCGGGCAGAGUUCCGGGUCUUGCGGGUGCCCAACCCCAGCUCCAAGCGCACAGAGCAGAGAAUUGAGCUCUUCCAGAUACUUCGACCAGAUGAGCACAUAGCCAAGCAGCGCUACAUAGGUGGCAAGAAUCUGCCCACGAGGGGCACCGCUGAGUGGCUGUCUUUUGAUGUCACUGACACUGUGCGAGAGUGGCUGUUGCGGAGAGAGUCUAACCUGGGUCUGGAAAUCAGCAUCCACUGUCCAUGUCACACCUUUCAGCCCAAUGGAGACAUACUGGAAAACGUUCACGAGGUGAUGGAAAUCAAAUUCAAAGGAGUGGACAAUGAAGAUGACCAUGGCCGCGGAGACCUGGGGCGCCUCAAGAAGCAGAAGGAUCACCACAACCCGCACCUGAUCCUCAUGAUGAUUCCCCCACACCGACUGGACAGCCCAGGCCAGGGCGGCCAGAGGAAGAAGAGGGCCCUGGACACCAAUUACUGCUUCCGCAACCUGGAGGAGAACUGCUGUGUGCGCCCCCUCUACAUUGACUUCCGGCAGGAUCUAGGCUGGAAAUGGGUCCAUGAACCUAAGGGUUACUAUGCCAACUUCUGCUCAGGCCCUUGCCCAUACCUCCGCAGUGCAGACACGACCCACAGCACGGUGCUUGGACUAUACAACACCCUGAACCCAGAGGCGUCCGCCUCACCAUGCUGCGUGCCCCAGGACCUGGAGCCCCUGACCAUCCUGUACUAUGUCGGCAGAACCCCCAAGGUGGAGCAGCUGUCCAACAUGGUGGUGAAGUCGUGUAAGUGCAGCUGAGGCCAGCCUGCCACAGAGAAGGGGAAACUGCCACCACUGACUGCUGCUCCUUGGAAAACCAAAGUGACAGACCUCACCCCAGAGGCCUGGAGUCCAUAAGCCCUGGCUCCCGGCGGUAGGCCGAGAGGGAGGCUUCCUUCUGGAACAUUUCUUUCUGCUAACUCUGAGAAUCACUGUGGUAAAGAAAGUGUGGGUUGGUUAGGGGAAGGCAAACUGUUGAGAACAUGGAAUUUCUGUGGUGCAGGCAGAGGUGGUGAUGUAGAGGACGGAUAGUGAGUGGACAUUGUGAGUGGCAAUGGGCCUGGGGCUACCCUAGGGAAGGUGAAGGCCAGACUGGAAGGCACUUCAGAUCUGACGUCAGCUUUGCUCACUGCAGUACAUCUGCUCUAGGGAAUCGGGAUGUUGCUAGAGGUGGCAAGCAGUUUUCUUCAGUUUACCAAGCCAAGGUCCCCUGGAAUCAUAUCUUGCACUGCCUGGAAUUAAGGACAAUCUGUUCUUUCUGCAAACUGUCUUUUCACCUCUAUCAGCAUCAUGAGUCAUCACAGAUAAUAUAAUUAGUUUCUGGGCCAGCAACUAGCUAUCUCAGGUCCCUUAGAGAUGCUGGACUCAAAGGCAGAGGUCAGAAUUGGUUCUCUCAUAUAUUCCCUCGGGGCCCCUCCUUCUGCCUUCCUUCUUGGCCAUAUUUUCCUUUGGACAUUUGGCUAGACACCUUCCGGGUCAGGGUGCAUUCUCCGGAUUCUGGAUCCACAUAGCCUGGGGCAUCAGGCAUUAUUUCCCUCUUACCCUAGACCCCGUGCUCCCCGGGUGUUCCUGGAAGCAGGUGCUGCAUGCAGAGUAUCCGGGGAGCCUCUCAUGUCUGACAUGAUGACUCUGCCCCAGGUGCACAGACUGAAGUAUAAAGACAAAUACAAAUAUUACUCUCAGAAUCUUUGUAUAAAUAAAUAUUUUUUGGGGAAUCAUGAAUAAUUUCAUCUUCUGGAAGGUUCUUCUAGAACAGUAAAAAACUCAUUCUAAGGUGUA